UCCAUUUCUGCUCUCUGUCUCUGUCUGUCUCUCUCUCUUUCUCUAUCUCGGCGCAUCUACGCGAUCUUGUUCGACAGAUAAUCUGAAUUUGGAUGCACAAUCGCGAGCACGGACGCGUGGUUGGAUGAUUACGGCGUAGUUUUUAAGCAUUUGUGUGCAGGGCAUUUUGUCGAGCACCGAGCGCGUCAAUUUGGGGGAGAUUCUGCGGAACAAAUGGGUGGUUGGGUAUGUUUGGUGGAAUUUUGAGAAGCUGAGGAGUUGAGGCGAGAUUCUGAUUAGCUUGCUUUCAUGUGCGCAUCCAUUGUCGUCGUGAUUGAGUCUUGUUCGAGAAUAUUCAGCUUCUGAAAAUAUGCCUUCAUGGUGGGGGAAGUCAUCAUCGAAGGAAGCAAAAUCGAAAGCAGCCAAAGAGAGUUUCAUCGACACGAUACAUAAAAAGUUCAAAAGUCCCGAAACUAAACCUUCUAGUAGAUCAGGAGUUCUAAGGAGACGUACGAGCGACACAGUUUCUGAGAGAGGCUCUCAGUCGCGAAUCCAGUCGAGGUCUCCGUCCCCUUCCAAAAAUGUUGCACGAUGUCAGAGUUUUGCCGAAAGACCCCAAGCUCAACCGCUUCCGCUUCCCACCCGGCGCCCUGCCAACGUCAGCCGUACAGAUUCCGGAAUAAGCGAAUCGGCGAAACCGAAACAAGAGAAAGUUUCCAAAUCAUCGUUGUUCCGACCCUUUUCCAGGCCUUCAUGCAUCCGUUGCCGGCCAGAACAUACCGACCUGCACAGCGAAUCUGCCGUUGCUUCAGUCUUCAGUGAAGGUUCCGAUGACAGCGACGAUCCAAUCGAUUCGCAACACGAUAACGGCUGUAGGGCAGCUGCAGACAUCUCAUCAAGCAAUUCUGUGAAGGAUCUAUCCACUGUUGCGCCUGUAAGCUCGAGGGAGUCGCCGAUAUCCGUUAACCUCACCUUCGCUAAAAAUGUAUCGGCUUCACCUCCUAGAAGACGACAAUUGAAAGGCCAAGUCCCUAAUUUACAGGUUCCACCGCACGGUGCCUUUUUCAGUGCUCCCGAUAGCUCAAUGUCAAGCCCUUCUAGAAGUCCAAUGAGAGUUCCUUAUUAUGAGCAAGUUACAAAUACUGCUUUUACUACUGGAAAGAUAUAUCCUGAUUUUCCCCUUCUGGGAUCUGGCCAAUGCUCCAGUCCAGGAUCAGGGCAGACUUCGGGUCAUAAUUCAAUGGGAGGAGAUAUGUCCGGGCAGCUAUUUUGGAUGCCGAGUAGGGGGAGCCCGGAAUAUUCCCCGAAUCCUAGUCCUAGAAUGGUGAGUCCCGGCCCUAGUUCAAGAAUUCACAGUGGUGCUGUAACACCUCUUCACCCUCGAUCAGGAGGAGUGCAUUCGGAAUCACAGAGCAACUGGCCUGACGACGCGAAGCAACAGAGUCACCGACUGCCCCUUCCUCCUCUAGUGAUUUCCAACUCUCCCUUUUCUCAUCAGAAUUCGGCGGCAACUUCACCUUCAGUGCCCCGUAGUCCUGGAAGAGCUGAGAAUCUCCCGAGUCCUCCUGGUUCACGUUGGAAAAAAGGGAAGUUACUCGGUCGGGGCACAUUUGGACAUGUAUAUGUUGGUUUUAAUAGCGAAACAGGUGAAAUGUGUGCCAUGAAAGAGGUCACGUUAUUUGCUGAUGAUGCAAAGUCGAAGGAGAGUGCCAAACAGUUAGCACAAGAGAUUGCACUAUUGAGCCGGCUGAGGCAUCCUAAUGUCGUGCAGUACUAUGGAUCGGAAACGGUGGACGAUAAAUUAUAUAUCUAUUUGGAAUAUGUAUCGGGUGGUUCCAUCCAUAAAAUUCUCCAAGAAUAUGGAAAACUAGGAGAAUCAGCCAUUCGUAGCUACACUCAACAGAUUUUGUCGGGGCUUGCAUAUUUACAUGCUAAAAAUACCGUGCACAGAGAUAUUAAAGGGGCCAAUAUACUUGUGGACCCGAACGGUCGUCGUGUUAAGUUGGCCGACUUUGGGAUGGCAAAGCAUAUUACGGGGCAAUCUUGUCCCUUAUCAUUUAAGGGCAGUCCUUACUGGAUGGCACCUGAGGUUAUAAGAAAUUUGAAUGGAUGUACGUUAGCAGUCGAUAUAUGGAGUCUCGGAUGCACUGUUUUAGAAAUGGCUACGUCAAAACCACCUUGGAGCCAAUAUGAAGGGGUUGCGGCUAUGUUCAAGAUUGGAAACAGUAAGGAACUCCCGUCGAUCCCAAAUUACCUCUCGGAUGAAGGGAAGGAAUUUGUGCGACUAUGCUUGCAACGUAAUCCCCUGCAGCGUCCUACGGCUGCUCAACUUUUGGAGCAUCCUUUCGUUAAGAGCGCCGCGCCUUUGGAGAAACAAUUACCGAGUUAUGCGCCUUCAGAUCAUCCGGCAGUGUUGAAUGCCGUCAAAUCCGGGGGCGUCGGUAGCACAAGAAUUUCUCAGCAGCCGGAUACGGAGCGACUCGCUAUUCACUCGUCCCGAGUCUCAAAAUCGAACUUUCAUUCGAGCGACAUUUACAUGUCGAGAAACAUAUCGUGUCCGGUCUCUCCCGUCGGGAGCCCUCUGCUACAUCCGAGAUCGCCGCAACACCUGAGCGGGAGAAUGUCGCCGUCGCCUAUGUCGAGCCCUCGCACGACAUCUGGGUCUUCCACACCACUAACCGGAGGCAUCGGCGCCGUCCCGUUCCACAGCCAACUGAUGCCGCCGCACGACUGUUUUGGGAACUCGAACCCGCCAAUGCGGCCGUGCAGCAGUCCCUGUGCCAACACGAUAUCCUACUGGGAUCCCGACCUUCUCCGAGGCGUCCACCCGGGAUCGAACGCCUUCCGGGAACUCGCGUCGUACGACAACGACGCGCUCGGGAAGCAGUUUGGGACGACGCUCUCGGCUGAUCGAGUAUCUCAACAGCUCCUCCGGGAUCCCGUUGUCGAGCUCAACCAGCCUUUCGAUCUGCCGCCGUUGUCUCCGCUGCCGUCGCAUCGCCUCUAGGUUUCGAUCAAUCAUCGUGCUGACAUUCUUUUCCCACUCUACGAUCACGUCCCCGUCGUUUUUACUUUCCCGGUCGGGAUGCUGGUUUUCGAAUCGUCCCGAGCCGCACACCGCCCCCUUCCGGGCACUCGUAGACAUCUCCGGCGACGAUGUCGAUUCGGCGAACUGGGUUUCUUGAAAUGGAAAGGGUACUGAAGGGGUGAAGUGAGGGUGAGUAGGGGAUGUGCUAACUUAUAUAUAUAAUAUACUGAUUUUCGACAAGUUCAAAUGAAAGGGAGAUGAUAUUUCAAGAUUGUAUGUAAUAGUCAUCACCGAAUCAUUUGUCUGAAAAAAAAAAAAAAAAUUAAAAAAGAAAUGUAUAUUUAAAUUAUUGGAUCAUGGAGAAAAAUAGUAAACCUAAAUUCCGGAGAGGUUUCAAUAAUGCACUAUGAGGAGUAUCAUGUGGGCAUCUAUUUUAUAUCUUGUUCAAUGUAAAAUUAAUGUCUUAUCAAAUCUUCUUUUACAUUUUUAUUUUUAUUUUUUAUAAAAUUACCUAUGAUCGGUCACAAGUUCAAAGAGAUGAUUUUUCAUCUAUAGUUUUUGUAUAACAGAGGUUUUAUUUUAUGUAAAAUAAAAAAAAUUAAAUUGAGCUAAAUUUUUUUUAGCACUUUUGCCCUAAUUUGAAAAUUUUAAAGAACACAUUUAUAGAAGUUCGUUGGGCCUAAAUUUGGGCCCUAAGUAUUUCCCUAGUUUUUUUUAUAUUUUUCUUUCCGGGAGAGGUUAGAACUCUGAAAACCACCGCCAGAGGUCGAUAAAUCCAUCAAAUACUGUGGAAUUUCAUGGUGGAUUGAUCCGAUCAUGGAAGCGAAUCGGGAAAGCAACGAGAAUGGAAACGAUAGUGCGAGGAAGAUAAUGUCUCCGUGUGACGUUGAGGCUCUGAAGAAGUGUUUGGAGGAGAAUAACGGCGAUCAGAGAAAGUGCCAUUCGCAAAUUGAGGCUUUCAGAAACUCGUGCUCCGUUAAGAAGAAGCCCGACGGUUCCAAUCAAUCCUCAAAUUGACGAUUCUGUAAAAUUUUUAGUUGAGUUUUGGGAAUGGCCUCUCCUGUUAUACUGCUCAAUUCAUGUCUUAGUGAAAUGUUUGACUAGUUUCUGUGA